AUGGUCGAGCUCCCUGAGCUACGAUACACCAACGUGAAUGCAAACGAGCUAUCGGCAAGAGAGAAGGUGAAGAUUGUGGCGUUUUGGGCACCGCUGAUCAUCUUCCUUGCGUUUUGGAAGCUGUACUACACGAGUCUUAUCUACGAGUUCUACUUGUACUACAAGGCUACCAAGGGCAGGCCUUUCGACUUCGCUACCACGCAGAUAGGCAGCGUGUCCCACGCGUCCGUCGCCACUGAGGAUCGCAGAACCUUGAGCCCUAGCAAGACGCUCAAUCUGUUCAGCGGCCCAGUGCGGCGACAUUCCAUAGCCUCCGAGAACCGCGCCACCGUCCAUUCGAAAGGAAGGCGCGCGUCCCGCGCUGACGGACCACGGCGACUCUCAGCCGCUGCCGACGAGCGAACCGACACAGGAGCCAUAGAAAUGGCGCGGAGGCACAGCGUCAGCUCGCGGAGACAGUCCGUCGUCGCUGACAGUACCGCUGCCGGGGGUGCCGCAAAGCGACGAAUGUCCUAUGGCGGCGGUGCGCGACGGCAAUCCGUUCGGGAGGACCAAACGUCCCCCCCUGUCGCAGCCCCAAUCUCGAAGCGAGGGACAGCAGGCGGUUCGCGACGUCAGCCCACUGACACCGCGGACGGUGGAGCUGAAUUUGCCCAAAAAAUUCUUUCACCCGAAGAUAACGAUCCGGGUCAGCGUCCGCCUCCGAAAAACCUCGCAGCCACUGGCCCUUCGGCAAGAGCCAGGAAACACGGCAGUCAUGCUCGGAAGUCCGUGUCCGGCGAAGACCGCUCGGACGUUGGCGCACCAGGCAGGCGGCGACGGAGCACUGGCCGUCAGCAUUCCAAUGCGCCAGAAGGCGAACUCAUGGGAGCCGUGGCAGGGUCAGCUAAAAAGACCCGCGAACGAACUCGGCGGCAGUCAGGCGCCGAGGACGAUCGUCCGUAACGUCAGCCCGAAGGAAGACCGGCACCUUACAUGUGACCGGACCGUCCCUUAUACUUAAGCAUGUGGCUGUAUUGUUUCUCUUUUUUUUUUUUUGCAUUCCGUCGGCCUUUCAAUGAGUAAUUUGAAAGGCUCAACACACUGGUUAUCUUAUGAUGUCGCGGCUCUUAAUGCUCAUACACAUGUUUGCUUCUCA